AUGAUAUUGGGGAUAGCUUCAAGUGCGGAUUGCUUGAAGGGAGUGGUCGCUUGCCAGUGUGAGCUGGGACGAGAGAAGUUGCUGACUGCCCCUUCACAAAAGACGUCAGGUCCUCCGGGAGACGAGGCUGCCAACCGGUACCCGACGGCGCCCUGCGUGCGGAACACAGAGCAGUUCAACUGCCCCACCAGCCACAUCCUCGUCACCUUCAAGGCACCUCUGCAUCCUUGUGAUACAUUCUCCAAAGUCUUCCCUUCCACCAUCCCUGUCAAAUAUGUCAAGCGCAAACUAGCCAAACUGCUCUCCGUGUCAAACAGCAACCUUCUCCUCACGAAAAACAGAACUGUUAUAAAAGACACCAGCCUCUUAAACGAACUUAAGACUGACAACGUAGGAAACCUUACAAUCGAUGUGUUCACUAAGAAUUCUGAUGACUUCUCUCUGUCGGCCAUACCCAUGGAGUCGUAUGUCGCUGAGCUACUACAAGCAAAUAAUCCGAGGAAGAAAGCUAUACCGUUCGUUGCGAUUAAGUUCAAAGUACGCAAUCAAAACACAACAUUUACGCGUUCUUAUCAUUCGAUCAUGAAGAUUCAUGAGAUAAAGAAGAACUUGGCGGGUCUUUUUCAAGUGGAUCCUGAUAAUAUUAUAUUGAUCAGAGAGGAACGUCCACUGAAAGAUAGGAUGGCGCUUCUAGACCUCGACUAUGACAAAUACGGCAUAACAGAACUAGAACUCUUGAUGAAAUAUAACGAAAAACUAAAUUUUGAGAAGUUGUACAAGGAGAACGUCGUCAAUGAUGUUCUAUCGGUAAUGAUCCCUUACGGCAAGACGGUGAAACAAGUAAAUGUUGAAAUAUUUUCGGAGCCAAUGGAAAAGCCAUAUUUAGGUGGAUACAAAAAUGUCCAUACAGGCACCGUGUACCAUCACGCUUACACUCAGACGCCGCAGAAGCCUGAGAAAUUGCCGCCGGAAAAGAAAAACUGCAGAGACACGCAAACUGCCGAGGAGCGUGAAAAAAUAUACGACACAGCCUACAGUCGCGCGACGCAAAUGAACACCGUUCACGCCUACAUCCCCAACGUAACGGACAGGAUCGUGGUCCCGAGGCCUUACGAGACUUACCAGGCGAUGGUGAUCCGUCUCAGACACCAUCACUAUGCGUCCGUCAUCCAGCGAGCCUUCCGCCAUCAUCAAUUCCGGCAGAAGGUUGAACGAUGGCUGGCCGUGUGCAUGGAGCGCAUAGCAAGAAUGAAGGAAGAGGACAGACUAGAACGUGAAGCUAUAGAGAGACGUCUGCGCAAGGACCUGAUCACUAAGACAUUUCCUCGAACGCGUGAAGACUUUGACCAACUUUAUGCAAUGGUUGAUCGUUGGAAACACGCAGAAAUAACAAGGAUAUCACAAUUGCACUCAAAAGGCCCCAAAAUAGCGGAAUUUAAUUUGCUUCUCGAUAAAGAAGUGGAACUACUGCGAUGUAUAGAAAACUACAGAGUAAAAGUCCGAGAAGACAGCCGCAAACUCAAAGAAAAACGAUUUCUUGAAGAAAUUUCUAAACCGGUGGCGUGGUACGGCCAGUCUGGACAUAUUAUUCAAAUGGAGACAGUAGAAAUACAAAAAGCAGCGAAACUAAGGGAACUGUACAACUCAUUUAUCCGAGACGGCAUGGAGGUCAAGGAACGUAUCGAGCUUCUGGUUGAUUUGAAGUUUGCUUUACAAGAGUUCCGACACCCGCUAGCUGAAGAAAUCAUCGGCCUCCUCGACAGAGAAUGUGAUUUACUCAUAAGAAGGUGCAACGACCAUCAGUUAGAGUUUCUACGGCGUAGAAUAACUGCAGCAAUAUUUCAAUUAAUAAAAACUUCCGAGCUGAAUUCCCAUGUGACCAAGUGUAAGGAGAUCAAAGACUACAGGAAGAUGAGUGAUGGCAAACUUUAUUUGUGCGAGAUGUGUCAUCAAGUAAAACAUUAUGAAGACUUCCCGCUGCACACCCAAAUGAGGGGAUUUUUCGUGUGUACUUCUUGUUCAUGGAAAGAUGUUAAGGAACGCUUUUGGAUUGAUAUGACGCCGUACAAGUUUAUAUUGAAAGCUAUUCAACGCGACGAGAGGCGGCGAAAGUGCUGGGGCUCUCUGGCAUUCGUCAUGCAGGAGAAAGAUAUAUUCUUCAUUGUAGAGAAACUUUGGCAUUCGCAUUCGGCUAUCAGCGAAUGCGCAGAGAUUACCGAGUUGCGAUUGUGUAGAUGGCAUGUUGAGAAGGAUUGGUCGCCGUGGAACUGUAUAUUGGUGACGGUGCAGGAGAUGAAAGCGCAUUUGAAGUUAGAUAACCCUGAUGAGGUGUAUGAUGAAGAGUUGUUGCAGAAAGUGAGGACGAAGCACAGCUUAGCGAAGGCCAGCUUUGAGCAGUUGCUGGGAACGAACAAGCGGUUCACGGAGUCAGGAGACUGGCACGGGGUCCGCGCGCCUGCUGUCGCCAGGGUAGACGGCGUAGAACGCAUCUAA